GUCCGUGCGUGCGUGUUGCUGCAGUUGCCGUAACCCUUGUUUGUCUUCUACAAUGAAGAUUAUAGCGACGAUGACGAUUUUCCGUCGUUGUUUUUCAUCUUGCGCGCUCCGCUCCGCUUUGCCGUAAGAUUCUUCGCGGGGCGUGGAGUUCGUUCGCAGCUUCGAAGACGAUGACUACUAAUACAGUCAUUGGCAUAGCGCGCUAGUCCACCCACAAAAACACCGGCCGUCACAGAAACCACUCACCGAUAGGCACCGCCAUCGACGCCAGUUACUCUUGCACGAACCCCGUCAUAAUGAAUUUCUUCAGCUUUGCGUGUCCGUUUGUGUCUUUGCGUUGGUCAGUCCUCUUAACCGUCAAUUGAUGGUGUGCCGUAAGGCUUUCACGGCACCGAUUCGUGCAUUUGAUUCGAGCGUUUUACCACAUCCGCCGCUACAUGGUCGAGGUGGCCCAACUGCAGUGAUCGUUAAAUAUAACAAUUAUGAUGUGUUGUUAUUAGUACGCGAGCGUAGUAAGUGCGUAGACUGACAUCGGCUUGCACUAAGGGACCGAUACAAAUAUUCUCCAACAAACUGUCCCGGAAGUUGUUUCUUCUAUUCUGAACGAUCAUCUUAAGCAGUCGUAUUCACGCAUCGGUUCGGCUACAUGUGAUGUAGUUUAUCUGAGUGGGUAUACAAAUUGUAGGCACACUGUCAGUGGGCACCGCGACUCAGAUAAACAGAGAACGAGUCCGAUAAAUAUCGGAGGACAGCGACAAAAAGGAAGAAUCUAUUUAUUUGUGACGACACGUGCUCGAGUCGUCAUCUGUUGACGGUGGUGCAGAUUUUGUGCCGGCUAUCACAAACUCACUAACCGUUAGCAUUAGUAGCGACAAAACGAAGCUCGACUUUGGCGACUACAACCCUUAGACUUAGCAUGGUCAUCGUACACGCGCAGUGGUGACGAUCUGGAGUAAAGCGUCGCCUCCCUAAAAUACGUCAAUAUCUCUUCUAAAGGUUAUGUUAUCUUCUCUAACGACGACAAUAACAAAAACAACUAGAACGACGCACGAAGAUAUGAUAUCUACUCAGAGGAGAAUCAUCGCAUCUACAGCCGAAACCGAUCAUCAUUGCAACAUGCCCUCGUAACGACCCGAACAUGUAGAAACUUAGCGACCUAUCCUAAAAAUGAACAAUAGCAGAAUUGUGUUAGAAACCUGGCCAGUGACAACGGCCGAAGAUAGCAGCUACAUCGAUAUCGUCCGAUUGCAUCAGGAACUUAGAACAAAAGUCACUUGAAUUGGGAAAACGAAAGGCAUAUUGAACAAAUUGAAAAGGAGUAGAGAGCAGAUAACUAGAACAAAAUCGUGCCGUCUCUAACUUCAAGGUCUACUGAUAUUUUUCUACGUAUCGGGCGCACGUGCAUACAGGAGUCGAAUAGCCAUCUUUCUCCUUUUCGAAUUGCAGAUUUGUAGUGUAUCAGUGAAUUACCCUCAUUGGUUCAUCCUCACCGCUACCUGUCCGCCACCUACGCCAAAGAGUGACUUUCCUUUUGAUACACAACAGCCACUCCUGUAGUGAGCCAAUGCUUCAAAUUCGCUGUGGUAACUCGACGUUCACGAUCUGUACGUGAAUCACGAACUCAGUAAAACUGUGCACUUGUUGGACGUACGUUCAAUAUUUGAAAUAUAGUUGACUGUAUCUGUAUGAGUGUGUGUGUGUGUAUGUAUGUGCAAUAAUUUAAAUUCAGCUAAAAAAACGCGCUGUGUUCGCCACCAUCAUUACCGUUUAUAUUGUCGCCGUUUAAUUGACACUUUCAGUACCUCGUCACAUCAUUUCAGCUCGAUUCUGAAGAAGUAAGCAAAAGAAAACACAAGUGAAAACGGCACCUGCUUUUGCGAAGUCUGCCUCGCAGUGAAGACAAACCCAUAUCGACAUCAAUUGCUUUCCGCUGCUAUAACUUUUGUUCAUAAACUUACUUAUUACCUGCAGCACGAAUAGAAAUCAUUCCAUCGCUAUUAUCACAUUAUUAUAGAUAUCUCGAAAACCAGUAAAUACGUCGUGGCCUUAUCGCUAUCCUUGAGGCCAAAUCGCUCUAGCAGGCUAUUCCGUGUCUCGAGAGCCUGACGACCCGUUGCGACAACAGCAAGAUCAAUAUAAAGAACGCGUAGCGAUUCACCAAACGGCCAUUCCGUUAUUGUCGCUUUGCUUGUACAUCAUCUACUGUAGUAUUUGGUCAGGCUUCAUCUUGGUCGUAUUUUUACAGUACAUUAAUAAUAACGAUCGUAGUAGUUGUAUGUCACGUGUGCCCCUCGCGACACCCAUAUCAUGCGUGGGCGCGCGUUUGUGUCUGUAUGAAGGUGUAAAUUCGUAACAUAGAAAUAACUGACAAAUAAACUGAGUUAUACAAUAUCAGCAACAAGAGGAACAGAGUAGUAACGUGGGGCGACUGCUCCAGCAGUAGCAACCAUCACAACAACAAGGGCAACAGCAAUAACCGUAACGCUUCGUCUCGCCUACCGCCAAACCGUCAACCCCUUUAAUCAACAAUUUAGCAAGGCAGGCGUCGACGUCCUCGUUAUGAAGCGUGACGGCGAAGUGAUCCUCGAAGUGGAGUGUGGAGGCAACAAGGGCCUCCUUUACCUCGGCAGACUCUGCCAGGGUUCCAAGGGACCGUGCAUACUGUUCAAAGGUACAUGGCUAACACCGAACGAGUUCCAGUACGUAAGUGGACGCGAAACUGCCAAGGACUGGAAGAGGUCCAUCCGACAUAGCGGUAAGUCGAUGAAACUGCUGCUGGCCAAAGGGGUGCUCUCCGUGCACCCUCCCGUCUGCGAAUGUGCCGGCUGUCGGACGCAGGACCACCGGCAGGGCCGCCCGGCCCCUAACCCCGCCGCCCAACAGCUCGCCAACCAGUUAUCGAGCCAGCUGUCUCAGCUGAACCAGCUCACGCAGCUGACUACGCAGCUAAGCCAGCUGCCAGCUACUACCCCCCGAUCGCCUCCCACAGCGACCACCCCAACCCCAGUGUCACAUCAGAGCAGUGCAGCAGCAACGACCGCUGCCGCAACCGCUGCAGCCGCCGCGGCGGCAGCAGCAGCAGCGACAGCAGUGAACUCCACGCAAGCUCAAGCCCAGCGUGCCCAAGUGCAAGCCCAGGCGCAAGCGCUUCUCGGCGCAUUGAGCCUCGGCGAUCUCAACGGCCUUCAGCUUGCUCAGCAGCUAAAGGCAGCUUCUGCACAGCACCACGCAAAUAAUUCUUCUGUUGCCGCCGCCGCCGCCGCCGCCGCCGCCGCCAAUGGACAUCACCAUCACCAUCACGUCGCCAGCACAAACAACGGCACAAACAGUAGCCAUCAGAAUACCAGCAACAGCAGCAGUCAUCAUCAGAGCAGCAAUAAUGUCUCGUCCGGCCAGGGAGAUGCUGAGAGCGCGGACAAGGGCUCGACGAGUCGCCUGCUUAGCGAAGAGCAGCUCUCCCAGGCCCUGCUGAGCGGCGUGUACCACAACCUCUACCCUUCGUUGCUACAGAACAUGCAGAAAACGCUCGGGCAUCAUAGCCCGGUCGGCGUGGGGGGUCUAGCGGCGCUGGGGGGUCUCGGCGCCCCCGCGGCCUCUGUAGGGGCGUCAGCGGCUCCCGCGGUCCCGGCGGCUUUACGCCCGCCCACGGCCGCCCUGGCGGCGCUCCCCCACCUGCAAGGCUCCCACCUGCAAUCGCCCCAUCACCAUUCACAGCUCCCGCAGCAACUGCGGGCAUCACAACAGCUGCUGUCCCCGCAGCAGCUGCGUGCCGCCGCUCAGGCUGCUAGCUAUUUUUUGGGCGGCGGCCAUAGCGGUACCACCAGCACAACUGGUUCAAGCAUUAGCGGAGGCGGUACCCAAAACGGCAGCAACGAUUCUGACCUGCUUAGCGUCGAUGUUCAUCGGAAUUCAAGUCGACGACUCCGAACCGAUGGUAAUGGUCUGUCGGUCUUAAGCAUAGGUGAAAAUCGAGACCGGACUCAGUCGAGGUCCACCCGACGAAGCGAUCAUCGUCAACUCCACCACCUCGACAUUGAGCACGCUAAAACCACUGUUAGUAGAGCCGCCGGCGUUGCUGACCACAUCACCGAUAGUAGCCAUUAUGACCGUGAUGAAGACAAUGACGACGACGACGACGAUGAUGAUGAUGAUGAUGCCCGUGAUGAUGACGACGUUGUUGAUGACAUGGAAGAUGAUGAUGAAGACAUUAUUGAUCGUGACAUAAAUGCAGAUAGAACAGAACUAAGAAGUAGAAAAAAUCGUCGUCGUAUCGAGGAUCACGAGGACGGGAACGAAAACGAUGUAGACAAUGACAACGUUGAUAAUGGUGAAACUGAUGAUCUAGAAGAUGACCACACCGUCGAUCGCCGUCGCCGCCGCCGCCUUCGCGGAGAGGACGCUGGUGUCGAUGAUGAUGAGAAUGCUGAUACUAAUGAUGAUCUUGUAGCUGAUGACUUAGCAACAGCAGCAGAAGACAGCACGGGGGCGUCGGGGAGGGGGGACCAAGCCAGGGCCGCCCUCAGUGCCAUGGAAGCCUCUCUAUCCACGGAUGACAACGUUACAGGCGACCGAGUGGCCAGUGACCAUCAAUCGCGCUGCGCCACAGACACUGAGAACGUCAACAAGCACCGUCGCCUUGUCAUCGCCGCCGCAGCUAAAGACAACAACACAAAUAACGACCUAAGCGACGACGAUGACUCCGAAGGCCGCGCCAUGCGAAGGCGUGGUUCUUUGGAUCGGAACUCGGCUCGGGAUUCGGCCAUUGGGAGUGGCAGUGAAAAUCAUGAGCAACAACAGCAAACGCUGCCACUGACACAGGGCAAACUGAGCUCAAUCAUCAGUCACCUGCUUGGCCAAAGCCACAAACAUACCGUCAAACACUCCGCAAACUCCAACAGUGAAUCGUCGACCAACGACAAAGAACGGAAUCGACCAGAUAUCGAUGAUGAUAAUAACACAACGUCAAAGGGUUCGAGCCCGAGCGAUGACGAAGUCGAAGAGAUUAUGGAGGGGAAGGAACUUCUAAAAGAUUCUCUUGUCCAAGACUCCUCUAAGCUGGCGCCACCCGCGCACCGGCGCAAACACCAACGACCUCAGCACGUCAGUACGACGCUCGGCGCACCUAGCAGCCAGAAAAACAGUAUCAAGUCGGAACGCCUGACCCCGGAAGAGUCGGCCUCAGUCGUCAAUACGCGGCCAGGCACCACUAGUCCGGUUAGUCCACACAGCACAACAGCCGUGCACUCCACUAUGCCGCCGGGCUUCUCCGCCGGCAUCGGAUUCAUGCUCGGCCUGCAGCAGGGUCCACUUGGUGGGCCGUUAGGUCCGUUAGGCCAGAUGGGCCACCUCAGCCCAGUGGCCACAAGCCCCGGAACGACACCUUCAGCACCAACCGCCUUUAACCCUGCGCAGCUGAAGCACAUGGAAAUGGUGAUGAGCAGUAAUAGCAGCAGGGACUAUUCGAAGUACCUGCGAUCUCUUGCCGCUAAGUAUAACAGCAAUAAUCCCUUAAACGAAAGGUAUGUAACCAAUGCUUAUUAUACAGAUACAUACAUACGUGUUUCUAUAGAUGAGUGGAUAGGUUUCAUCCACAGCGAAAUUCCAUUGAUUAAUUACCAAAUACGCAAUUUUACGUUGGGGCGUCAGGUAGUGCCUAUUUAUCGUACAAAAUGCAUGUGGAAAGAUAGUCUGGCACGAUAA